UAUUGCAAAACUUUAAUGUGUGCAAGACAGCGAGAUCAUUGAAUUUGGUGCGGUACUGUUUUGUUUUGGUUAGCGCUAAGAUGGCGGACUUGUACGAACCUGAUGUUGGUACAGCAUAUUAUCGGUCCUCAGAUCCCGUAAAGAAUCUAAAACUGAGUGUAAAGUUGGAUCGUAUCACAUCAUCAAGUUUGAUACCUACAGUUCCCGGUGCACCUCCAGCACGUCGACCAUCAGCAGAAGAUGUUGAACUUAAAGAUCUUACAAAACAAGGAAUGAAGGAUAAAGAGGAGAUUACAAUCAGCUGGCAACAAAAAAUAUUUAGUCAGAGGGAGAUGGAAUUGUACAGUUCUGAGGAUCCAAGUUUUUCUCCAGUGGAUAGAAAAUACCAUAAUGAAGUGAAAGCUCUGCUUGAGAAAGGAAAACCUGGCAACAGAAUAUUUACUUAUGUUGAUCAUGACAGAUUCUCCCAAGAAGACGAGGCAACAGAGUACCUUACUACUUCACCGAAGGAACAGCCUACAUAUUUAUCAGAGAAAAUGUCACAUGUGCGGAGACGAAGGAUUGGAAUGGGCAGACAGAGGAGAGAGAGAGAUCAUACAUUUGUACCAAAACUGAACGUUAUAGAGGAUGAUCCAACGGAGGAACUGAUCACCAGAAAUCAUUUGAUGUCUUCACCAGUUCAGGUGAUGCACAUUAUGGCAGAUCUCAGUCCCAGAGAAAGACUUGCCACAGACGAGGAGGAGGUUGUGCUAUGUACAAUACAGAUAGAUGCCAACGGUGUGCUCUCCAUACAUCCCGACUUCAACAGGGGACGUAGAGCUUAUGUCAAAGAAACUCUUAAAGAAUUUGGAAAAGAGGUGUUUGAGUAUACUAUAGAACAUGCGUCAAAGGAGAUGAACAGACAGGAGCAGGACCGAGAAAUGAAGAUGUACAGGGAAGUUUACUCACGACAUAAAGACUUUUUACAAGCUUGUGUUGGGACUGACUUUGAGCUGCCACCGCCUGAUGUUCUUAGAUUACUUGUCUAUGGUGAAAUAGAAGCUGCCAAGGAUUUUGAGUAUGAUGACCUGUAUCUUCAUUUCUUUGUUGAUCUUCCUAAAUACUGGUCAGUAGAGAGACACCAACAGUUGUCAUGGGUCACUCAAAGAUGUGCCACUAAAGUACAUGGAAGGGAUGACGUGGCCUAUUUAAGUUUUCCCUUUCAUUUUGAAGUGUUCUACAGAAAUGAUAAUUUGGUUGAAGAAGAAAAGGAGCUUGAGGUGCCACAUUUUCCUACAAUUAUGAUAGAAGUUUUGUCAUUAGAUACUUGGAACAGAUUUCGUACAGAGGGAUAUACCUACCUUACUAUACCAGGACAGCCAGGUAAACAUCGUGAGAGAUUACACUGUUGGCGGCCGACAGGUACAAGUAUGACAUCACAACUACGCAGGUUUUUCAUUGGUGGAUCUCCCGAGUUAGAGGAUCCAACGUAUUCAGCUAUACCAUCUACAUUCCAGGGUGCACAUCUCAGUAAGUUUGGGUUUAAGACAGAAACAACAGGAAGUGUGGAUGUGAACCUUAAUGUAAUCAUGCAGUCAAGAGCAUUUAGAGACAAGAAAGCCAGCAAACAGUCAUUGAGUUCUUUGUUAGAGGCAUUAGGAAUAAAUGCAGUCCAACAGAACAUUUCAAAUGUAUUAGAUGCUUUCAAGAAAGCAAGACAGCGUAUGUUACAGGCUCGUGAAAACGCAACCAAAGACUUGAUUAAAACAACAACAAGAACAGCAACAGCUUGAUUCAUCAUGUUUGUAGAACAGUGUGAAAGUAGUCCGUCCAUGAUGUAAGCAAUGCCUUUACCAAAGUGUAAAAAUAGCCUGUCCAUGAUAUAAGCCAUAAAGAUAUGAUGUUUAAAGUAUGAUCAUGUGAAAACUAGUGCAGGAUGUGUAAUUCAGAAUGCUGGAUAUAGUUGUUUAUACUACAAAGUUUUAUAAAAUCUCAUUGAAGUGAACAGAAUGUAAAAACCUGAACAUUGAAAUAAUACUCUGUUUAUUGCAAACUGAGUAAUUUCUACAAGAACUUACGUAACUUUUUCAAUUCAUUCAAUGUUGUGGCCUUCCAAGAAAUGUGUCUAGAUGUGAACUCAAGAAGUAUCACAUGCGUUACAAAGUAAGCUAUUCAAGUGUCAUAUAAUAUGUAACAGGAACAUUAUGUCCUUGGGUUCUGGUUGUGACAGUUGUUUAAAAGGUCAAUGGAACAUGCAGGUAGAAUGGACUUUUCGUGAUAUUCAUCAUAUUAAAUAAACAUAUCUGAUGGAGGAAAAUUUUGUUUCUGUGACCUAGAGCAUGGUAGUCUUUGAUGUGAAAUUCACAAAUACUGUAGUUCCAUUGACAUCAGCAUCAAUGCUGAACUAAAUUAGGCGAAUCUCUAGUUAAUCUGACUAAAAUUUGUGUUUUUAUGACUUUUACAAUAUUUAUGUACAACAUUAUUUAUAUAUUAAAGCUAAAAUAGCAAGAAAUUAA